UUAUCAUAUGUAACCACCUUUAUCUCCUUCCUAUUCUUUUGAAGAAUCAAUAUUAGGGCAGUUGUGUACUUCCAAUUGCUCUUUACUAUUCAGUCUUGACAACCUCCACUUCUUCUCGUAAAAGCUUAGGAGUGGUAAUUUGUAUUCAUUAGUUUUAGCUAGCUUUUAAGCAAAUGGUCGAAUAACAACAACCUCACUUUGACUGUCGUUAUUGUGACGAAUAGUCACACUUAUACCAAUACCUUUGUGCAUACUUAUCUUUGAGCAAAGGGAACGCACCUGACGAAAGAGUAUUUUUAUGAAAUCGGUAAUUAGAGGAGUAGACUGGCACCGAUUUUUCACAUAUGAGCAUUUCAUUUGAGCCUCCACUACGGAAAGCACCUAUUUCGAUAUUUCCUUUCCUCUUUCUACGCCUUCAGUCUAUUAGUAAAUUGAAGACUUCCACCCCUCAUCCCACAAUUCUACCGCCAAAUUCGACGAUGAUAGAGAAGACUGAGAAUAGACUAGAUCUACCCAUUUCGGUCAUUUAUAGGGAUGAGGAAUGGUUUGUGAUUGACAAGCCUUACGAUUGUAAAAUACAAAACUACCCUAAUUCCACAGAAGCAACGGUUGAAAGCAUUUUGAAACAACAAUUCCCAGAAGUUAGUAAAUUCCGUAACGUUCAUCAGCUUGACUAUGCUACGUCAGGAGUUUUUGUAUUAGCCUUGAACAAAAAAGCAGCAGCGGAAGCAAGCAAGCUCUUUAGAGAGCGUCUAGUAAAGAAAACUUACAUAGCUUUGGUUAACGGACAUCUGUCAGAUAAUAGUUAUUUUGUAGAUAAACCUAUUGCUGAAGAUCCGAAUCACGCUUUUCGGAUGAGGAUCGACGAAGAAGGGAAACCAGCGCAGACAAAUAUUGAAGUACUCGAACGUGGUUAUUAUACAUUUAAAGAAGUUCAAACUGGACAGCAGAAAUCAAUUCCUGCAACAAAAGUAAAGCUCUCGCCUAUAUCUGGUCGAAGGCAUCAACUACGCUUGCAUCUGAAGCACAUAGGUCAUCCUAUCAUUGGUGACUAUAACUACGAAGAUAUAUAUACAGAUACUUUCCGUAUGAUGCUUCAUGCCUAUCAAAUUACGCUCCCUUUACUAGAGAAAGAUAAAGAAAAAGCUCUGACUAUUACAGCUACAGAUCCAUUUAUACAUUUAUUAAGUACCGCUGAUAUAAAAUUUCCAGAAAUGGAUGUAACUUUCGCUGGUGAGGUACAAUUCAAGCGAGCUAUAAAGUACAUUAUUGUAGAUUAUAUCUGUAAAGCGGUAGAAAAAUCUUGA